AUGUUCUCCCUCAAGCCGCCCAGACCCACCUUCAGGUCCUACCUCCUGCCGCCGCCCCAGACUGACGAUAAGAUUAAUUCGGAACCGAAGAUUAAAAAACUGGAACCGGUCCUUUUGCCAGGAGAAAUUGUCGUAAAUGAAGUCAACUUUGUGAGAAAAUGUAUUGCAACAGACACAAGUCAGUACGAUCUGUGGGGAAAGCUGAUCUGCAGUAACUUCAAAAUUUCCUUUAUUACGGAUGACCCAAUGCCAUUACAGAAAUUCCAUUACAGAAAUCUUCUUCUUGGUGAGCAUGAUGUCCCUUUAACAUGUAUUGAGCAAAUUGUCACAGUAAAUGACCACAAGAGGAAGCAGAAAGUCCUAGGUCCCAACCAGAAACUGAAAUUUAAUCCAACAGAGUUAAUUAUUUACUGUAAAGAUUUCAGAAUUGUCAGAUUUCGCUUUGAUGAAUCGGGUCCUGAAAGUGCCAAAAAGGUAUGCCUUGCAAUAGCUCAUUAUUCCCAGCCAACAGACCUCCAGCUACUCUUUGCAUUUGAAUAUGUUGGGAAAAAAUACCACAAUUCAGCCAAUAAUAUUAAUGGAAUACCCUCAGGAGGUGGCAGCGGGGCCGGUGGUGGCAGCAGCCAAAAGACUCCACUCUUCGAGACGUACUCAGACUGGGACCGAGAAAUCAAGAGGACAGGGGCUUCCGCAUGGAGAGUUUGUUCUAUUAAUGAGGGUUACAUGAUAUCCACUUGCCUUCCAGAAUACUUUGUAGUGCCAAGUUCUUUAGCCGACCAAGAUCUAAAGAUCUUUUCCCAUUCUUUUGUUGGAAGAAGGAUGCCCUUCUGGUGCUGGAGCCACUCAAAUGGCAGUGCCCUCGUGCGAAUGGCCCUCAUAAAAGAUGUGCUGCAGCAGAGGAAAAUCGACCAGAGGAUUUGUAAUGCAAUAACUAAAAGUCAUCCACAGAGAAGUGAUGUUUACAAAUCAGACUUGGAUAAGACCUUGCCCAAUAUCCAAGAAAUACAGGCGGCUUUUGUAAAACUUAAACACCUAUGCGUUGAUGAGCCUUUUGAAGAAACUGAAGAGAAAUGGUUGUCUUCACUGGAAAAUACUCGGUGGUUAGAAUAUGUAAGGGCAUUCCUUAAACAUGCAGCAGAACUCGUGUAUGUGCUAGAAAGCAAGCGUCUCUCUGUAGUCCUGCAAGAGGAGGAGGGAAGAGACUUGAGCUGUAUGGUAGCUUCUCUUGUUCAAGUGAUGCUGGAUCCCCAUUUUAGGACAAUUACUGGAUUUCAGAGUCUCAUCCAGAAGGAGUGGGUCAUGGCCGGAUAUCAGUUCCUGGACAGGUGCAACCACUUAAAGCGAUCGGAGAAAGAGUCUCCCUUAUUUUUGCUGUUCUUGGAUGCCACGUGGCAGCUGUUAGAACAAUACCCAGCGGCCUUCGAGUUCUCAGAGACCUACUUGGCUGUACUGUACGACAGCACCCACAUCUCCCUGUUUGGCACCUUCCUGUUCAACUCUCCUCACCAGCGGGUGAAACAAAGCACGGAAUUUGCUAUAAGCAAAAAUAUCCAGCUGGGUGACGAAAAGGGUUUAAAAUUCCCCUCAGUUUGGGACUGGUCUCUUCAGUUUACAGCAAAGGAUCGUACCCUAUUCCAUAACCCCUUGUACAUCGGAAAGAGCACACCCUGUGUACAGAACGGUUCUGUGAAGGCUUUCAAACGGACAAAGAAAGGCUACAGCUCCACACUGAGGGGAAUGCCAGCUUCCUUGAAGAACGGGAUCGUCACCGACCAGGACCUGGUCCCGAGGCGAAACUCCCUGAUCCUGAAAGGAAAGCCGGAGCCGCUUCCGCAGCCCGGCGGCCAGGCCCGCGGCGCGGAGCAGUAUCUCCGAGAGUGGUUCUCCCGGCCGGUGGACCUGCAUGGCGCCCUUCUGCCGCACGUCUCCGGGACGCACGUCAAACUCUGGAAGCUGUGCUACUUCCGCUGGGUCCCCGAAGCCCAGAUCAGCCUCGGGGGCUUCAUCACCGCCUUCCACAGGCUGUCCUUGCUGGCCGACGAGGUGGACGUGCUCCGCAGGACGCUGCGGCAGCACCGGGCCGGCCCUGCGGAGGCCCGCUGCCCGGAGCCUGACCAGAGCCGGAUGUACUUCCGGGUGGGCGGCCCACAGGCGGCGGGGACGCCGGAGUUCCUGUCUUCGUCCUUCCCCUUCUCUCCCGUGGGCAACCUUUGCCGGCGGAGCAUUUCGGGAACGCCGCUGAGCAAGUUCUUGAGUGGGGCCAAAAUCUGGUUAUCUACCGAGACGCUAGCAAACGAAGACUAA